AUGAUUUUGCAAGCUCUCCUGGCGUUUGCAACGCUGGGACUUGCUGUCGACUAUCCAGUCGUCUCUUUGUUCAUUCCAAACGCCGACCCCCAAUCCUUGUUGGGCGAAGUUUUGGCAGCGCAAUCAGCAACAACUACAUACAGCAUCAAUUGCCCACCCGGCAGAACUAAUAGCACAGAAUGCGGUAUGGGCCCUGGCCUAUUUUUGACCGCAGCCCCAACAAGUGUCGAAUAUUUGAUAAGUGCUGAAUAUGACAACGUAUACAAUCACGUUGUCUGCGAUGUGACCGAUCUCCCCACCGGGGCUUAUACUUGUACAGGCACUGUUACUGGGAAGGGGGCCAAUACGCCCGGAACCAGCACCUCAACCGUCGCUUGGGACCAGAUAUCGCUGUUGCCGGUUACCAUAACUUCCACUGCUGACCCGGUCGCAUCAACAGCAAAUGGGUCCAUUUCUACAAGUACUAGUGAAGUUUUGUCGGGUAGCGAGACAUUACCCGCUGCCACCGUCGUCACUACCCCCGCGGCGGGUACGGCUGCUGCUACCUCUGUCGCGGCCACCACCCCCGUGCGAAGUGCGGCUGGAAGGUCAAAGCCUACUAGUUUUGUACUAGCUUGUGCCGCAGUUCAAGCUCUGAUGGCAUUGUUACAGUGA